ACACUAGAUUGUCCUUCCUAGAUUUUCUUAGGGUUACUUUCAUCAAGGCAUAGGACUCGUUACUCGUUAGUCACUGCGAGUCACCUGUUCUUAUCUCACUUUAAAUUCUGCAUCUUCUUCUGCAUUUCUCUUGCGAGAUUUCUGAUUAGGAACACUGUACACCUUCUUCUUCUUCUUCUACUGUCGGUGAGACCACCUUCUUCUAUUGAUUUUUCUCUCCAUUCUUUUGUCUGAGGUUGACGAUUCUUUAUAAUGUUUAGAUCCACCUAACAUAAUCAAUUUUAUUUAUCAGUCAGUCCGGCUAGCACUGCUUUUAUGUCAAAAAUCAUGUUUAUCUGUUUUGCUUGGACGUAAAUGGGUUCAUAUUAAAUUGCCGUAUUUUUGAUAUAUCCUUUUUUAAGAAAAUUGCCGUAUUCUUGACUUGUUGGAAACUCAUUUUCCUCAAAAAUCAAAAUUGAAGUUUGUGGUGCUAAACAUUUGAUCUGCUUUCAACUAGUAGCCAUUCCCAUCUGAUUGUUGGCUUUUCUGGGAUAUGUUAACGUUAAAGAAAAUUUGACGGGAAUGUUUUGAUUCACUUGUGUUUUGCCUAUUCCAAUUAUGUUGGAAGACAAAAUUUUUAGCUGUUGGGUGGCUUUUCUUGAGGACCUAGUCUGGUUUUGGCUUCUCUAGAUUUGAUUAGUUGGUCGGGUGGAGAAUUUAAUCUCAUUAUUUAUUUUCCAAAAAUCUUAAAAAUAGACUCCUGAAUUGGGUAAUUUUUUGAUAAACCCUAGCUGGAAGAGGAGUGAUAAGUGAUACCAAUCCCUCCUUUCCCACACCAAAGGAAAGGCGGGAAUCAUUGCCUUUUUUUCUAGUGCUAAUGAAUUAUGAUCAGUUGAAAAUUCACUCUUGGGGCAGAGGAUUAAAAAUGUGCUGAAUUCUCUGGUUAUAUUGAGGAUAUGACAAUGUAUACAGUUGAGAUGAACUGCUGUACCAACUGGGGCACCAACAAUCAUCUCCUCCCCUGUGACCACAACAUUUCCAUCACAAGCUUCACUAUUACGACGACCCGUACCCCAAUGAUUAUUAUCUGCUAGCAGCUUUCAAUUGCUGCAUUCUCAGUAGCAACAGAGAGGCAAUAAUCACUCUCUCUUCACUUGGGUCGGACAUAUCUAUAUCAGCCUGCUUCAGCAAAUGUCUAUGCUUAAGUGCUAUAGUCUCUGCUUGAGAGACUCUACUUAUCAGCUUCCUCGUCAUGAUGGAGUUAAUAAUUACAGAAGGAGAAACGUGAAGUUGAGAUUUCCACAGGCAGCAGUAAUCCCAAAUUUUCAUCUCCCAAUGCGUAGUUUUGAGGUUAAGAACAGGACAUGUGUGGAGGAUAUAAAGUCUCUCAGGCUGAUAACAGCAAUCAAAACCCCAUACCUACCAGAUGGCAGAUUUGACCUUGAAGCUUACGAUGCCUUGGUAAAUCUGCAGAUCAUAAAUGGUGCUGAAGGUGUGAUUGUAGGUGGCACAACUGGUGAAGGCCACUUGAUGAGCUGGGAUGAGCACAUAAUGCUUAUUGGCCACACAGUUAACUGUUUUGGUGGAUCAAUAAAGGUAAUAGGAAACACUGGAAGCAACUCGACUAGGGAAGCGAUCCAUGCUACGGAGCAGGGUUUUGCUGUUGGAAUGCAUGCUGCACUUCAUAUCAAUCCAUACUAUGGAAAAACGUCCUUAGAAGGCUUGGUUUCUCACUUUGAGAGUGUGCUCUCUAUGGGCCCCACAAUUAUUUACAAUGUACCAUCACGGACCAGCCAAGAUAUUCAUCCAUGUGUUAUUCACACUCUCGCUUCCAGUGCUAACAUGGCAGGUCUUAAAGAAUGUGUGGGAAAUGACAGGAUAAAGCAAUAUACAGAUAAUGGUGUUGUGGUCUGGAGCGGAAAUGAUGAUGAAUGCCAUGAUGCAAGGUGGGGUUAUGGAGCAACUGGAGUGAUAUCAGUCACUAGCAAUCUGGUUCCUGGUUUAAUGAGAGAACUCAUGUUUGGAGGGAAGAACCCUUCACUUAAUUCGAGGCUCAUGCCUCUGAUUGACUGGCUUUUUCAGGAGCCAAACCCAAUUGGCUUAAAUACUGCUCUUUCUCAACUUGGGAUUGUGAGGCCAGUUUUCCGGUUGCCUUAUGUGCCUCUUCCACUAGCAAAGAGGGAAGAAUUUGUGAAGAUGGUGAAGGACAUUGGGAGGGAGAAUUUUGUUGGAGAAAAAGAUGUUGAGGCUCUUGAUGAUGGUGACUUCAUCCUGCUGGGAAGGUACUAGUUGGCAGGCUUGUGCAAUGAUAGACUUUGUUGCCAACAAAAUACAACCACGAGGGACACUGCAGAGCUACUGAUAAUCCUGUGGUCGUUUUGCAAAAAUGCUGGAGCUUCGAACUUGCCAAUUUGUUGAGUAUAUUAUGUUGGUUCCUACCAGAUGUACACAUAAUCUCUGAAAACCCCUUUUGUAUUUUCGCGUUCUCUUCUGAGAUAGUAGUGUAUGUGAGAUUUUAAUUUUUGUUGGUGCUUUUUAUGCAUUAAUAAGUUAGGAGUUUGGAUGGCCAUUAAUUUUGUCAAGGCUCUUAUCCAAUGGUUUUUAUCUUCAAUGCUCGACUCCUCUUCUUUCCUUUUUGAUGUCAAAUCUGAUAUCAAAUACACUACAUUGAUUUCCUCCCCAUGGAGAUGGUGUGCAAACCAUAAUAUUAAUUGAUAAUCUCUAACCAGAUUAUGUGAGCAUUGAUUGAA